GCUAUAAAUGAGGAGGACUCGCGAUGUCUGUUGACGCUGCAGCAGCAGCAGCAAGAGCUGCAGCAGCAACUCGCCACCCUCUGCAGUCUCCGUGAUCAGUGUCUCGUGCUGCAGCAGCAGCAGCAGCAGCUACGCCAGCAGCAGCAGGAUCUGGUAGACUUCUACAACCUAAAGAGACACAUCACGCUCUGUCGCGGGCGCAUACUCCGACUGGAGGCGGAGGAGGCUUAUGCUGGCUUCAAGUCUCUGAAAGAGCAAUUAGCAGCAGCAGCAGCAGCAGCAGAACCGCAAGUGCAGCAGCUGCGACGGGCGAGAGAGACAGCAGCAAAAAAGAGACAAUUGCUGCAGGAGCAGCAGCAGCGCCAGGCGCAGCAGCUGACUGCAAGUGCUGCAGCAGGAGCUUGCCCUUAUGUUGGUGGUGCUGCUGCUGGUGUGUAUGCUGCUGCUGCGCUGCAGCAGCAGCAAGCGGACGAAGAAGCAGCAGCAGCACUCGAUAGCUACCCGCAUCAGCUGCAGGCGCUGCGUCGGAGACUGCAGCUGCAGCGCGAGAAGGCCCUUGACCCCAAGGCCGAGUGUCUUAUGCUGCAGGAGACACUGCAGCAGCUUCGCGAACGCAAGCAGCAGCAGCAGCAGCAACAGCAGCAGCAGCAGCAGCAGCAGCAGAGUUCUUCGGCGGAGGUUCUAGACCCGCGUGUGCAGCAGAUAGCUGACCAUUUCUUACGUUUGAAGCUGCUGAGUUUUUUAUGUUUAGAUUACGAGAGAGAUUUUCCGAUUUUGUAUAAGGCAGGCGUUCAAUGCUUCUGUUUAAACAGUGCAGCACCUGCUGCUGCUGCUGCUGCUGCUGCUGCUGCUGCUGCUGGGGGUAGGGGGGGUGGUAGGAGAGCACGGCCGCAGCUAACUGCUGCUUUGAAAGCUGCUGGUGUAUUAGGCUUCUUAGAAGACUUUCUUUCUAUGCCGGAGGAGUUAAGAGAGACAAUAGAAGAAUAUACGUUCAUUCACCUGUGCAUUAUAUGUGUUGAAGAUUUGUCGGCGCAGCAAGAGCAGCAUAUGAUAAAUAUAGUAAGACAAGAGCUGCAGCAGCAGCACUUCAAUACUAAAGAAAUCGUCUACUAUACAAGAAGACAAGCACAUAGAAUUAAACAAAGUGUAUACAACGCGAAUAGCUUUGUUCAUACUGUCUCUACAUUACCUCAAAGGGCCCCCGUGCUGCAGCUGCAGCAGCAACAGCAGCAGCAGCAGCAGCAGCAGCAGCAUCAGCACCAACAGCAGCAGCAACAGGAUGUGCAGCAGCAGCUACAGAUGCAGCAUGACAAAAUACAAAGGCUACAACAAAAAGAAGAAGCACUCGAGGGUAAACAGAGACAGUUAGAAGAGAAGGAGACUAAAGAAAAAGAUAUACGAUUGCUGCUGCAGCAGCACUUUCACGAGCAGCAAGCAGCUGCAGCAGAAGAGACAAGGCUGCAGCAGCGUAUAGCAGCAGCAGCAGCAGCAGCUGAAGCAGAAGAGAAACGCUGCGAAGCACUAGCAGCAGAACUUGCUGCUUGCAAGUCUGUUAGAGACAUUUUUGCUGCAGCAAGGAGACAGAGGUUGGGUAUUUUGCUGCAGCAGCUGCAGCUGCUGCAGACAGCAGCACGUCAUCUCCUUGCUGCUCAAAUGCUGCUGCUAAAACUCAAAGAAGAUCAAACAAAACUGAACAAAGACAAGGAUGCCCUCAAGAAAGAAGAAGAAAACAUUGAGGCUCUUCAACAACAGGUGGAAGCUGAGCAGCAAUCGCUGAGAGAAUUACGAGAAAAGGCGCAGCAGCAACGCGCGGUGUAUGCAGAGAAGAAAGGCGAAGUGCAGCAGUGGAGAGGAGACGCAGUUGGGGUGUAUAGGGAGCUGCUGCAGGUGCUGCCUUCUGCUGCUGCUGCUGCUGCUGCUGCUGCUGAUGCUGAAGGCGCAGCAAACCCUCUCGGAUCCGCAGCAGAAGCAGCAGCAGCAGAAGCAGAAAAGGCAACAGCUGAGUCCCUCCUGCUGGCAGAUAUAACCAGCAGCAGCAGCAGCAACAGCAGCAGCAGCACAAACAGCAGCAACAGCAACACAAAUGGCACCAGCAGCAGCAGCAGCAGCAGCAGCAGCAGCAAACGCACCGGCAACAGCAGCAGCAAGAGCAAAAGCAGCAACAGCAGCAGCAACAGCAGCAGCAACAGCAGCAGCAACAGCAGCAACAGCAGCAGCAGCAGCAGCAACAGCAGCAGCAGCAGCAACAGUGUAUUGUUGAGUCUGCCUCCUCUGUCUCCUCUUCCGUCAACUGUCUCCUCUUUAAAAGCGGAGGAACAGCGGCUGCAGAUUUGUCUGUCACGAUGUCCACUCAGCAGCAAGUCCGCUGUAUCUGCAGCAGCAGCAGCAGCAGCAGCACUCAGACAAACAAAAGAUAAAGUGCAGCAAACGCAGCAACGCGCUGUUCAUCUCCAUGCACAAAUUAAACAGCGUUCAGAAAGGUGGUUGCCUCGGGUUUUAU